AUGGCCGCCGUACCUCUUCCCCCUAUCACAGACUCGGUCAUUCACCACAUCGGGAACACGCCGCUUGUUCGGCUGAAGCACUUACCCCAGACUGAAGGCAUUCGUGCUGAGAUUCUCGCCAAGUUGGAGUAUCAGAAUGCCGGUGGCUCUGUGAAAGACAGGGUUGCGAAGGCAAUGAUUGAAAAGGCGGAAGAUCAGGGAACAAUCAAGCCGGGAGAUACUCUAAUUGAAGCUACCAGCGGCAAUACUGGUAUCGCUCUUGCUCUCAUUGCUGCAGUCAAGGGAUACAAAUGUAUUAUUACAAUAUCGGAGAAGAUGUCUGAGGAGAAGGUCUUGAUCCUGAAAGCACUUGGCGCGACAAUUGUUCGAACCCCCGCAGGCGUUCCGAUCGAUUCGCCCCAUUCGAUUAUCAGCGUUGCUCGGAAGCUCAAGAGCGAGACACCCAACUCGCAUAUUCUCAACCAGUACGGAAACCCGAACAACCCUCUGGCCCAUGAGAUUGGCACUGCCCAGGAGUUAUGGGCCCAAUGCGAUGGCAAGCUCGACAUUGUUAUAGCCGGUGCAGGAACUGGUGGCACAGUCACUGGACUUUCGAGAGGCCUACGGAAGCUGAAGGGAGAUAUUCUGAUGGUUGGUGCCGACCCAAUCGGAUCUGUGCUGGCUCAGCCUGACGACUCGAAUUCGGCAAAGGCGGAGUAUAAGGUCGAGGGCAUUGGGUACGACUUUGUGCCGGACGUGCUCGACCAAUUUGCUGCCGAUGUUUGGGUCAAGACGGGAGAUGAGGAAUCGUUCGAGUAUGCCCGGAGACUCAUCAGAGAGGAGGGGUUACUUUGCGGCGGAUCUUCUGGCGCAGCUGUGGCUGCGCUCAUCAAAUUGAUGCAGCAGAGGCCGGAGAUGAAUCGUAGUGACGUCAGAGUUGUCUUGAUCUUGCCGGACGGCAUUCGUAACUACCUCACCAAGUUUGUGGACGAUGCUUGGAUGGCACGAAACCCUCUGUCAUCAUAG